AUUUUUCAGCCUGAAAUGGGUGAAGAAUUCUGGUAUUUACUAAAAUUAACAACUGAACUUCCAAAACCAAAGAGAAUACCAGAAAUGCAGUGUGAUCUUGGAAAAAAAAUCAUUCAGACCCUUCCUUUAUAUAAUCCUACACAUGAAACUUUAGAGUUGAAAAUACGGAACAGUAAUCCAGAAAAUUUUGUCAUGGACCUUAACAGAAAAUUACCAUUGGUCCUCCUACCCCACUCUACCACAGAGCUAUCUGUUUACUUUCAUCCAUCAGGACUUGGGAGAUAUGGUCAUGAAACGUGCAUUAACUUCUAUUGUACUCAGGUAUGAUUAGUAUGUUCUCAGAUGAAG